GACAGCUGGAGAAAGAGGGAAGUGUUAUGAAAAAGAGAGGGAGAAGGUGAAAUCACAGGACUACAGAGGAAAGCUAACAAACACAGAGCAGCGAUGAAUACAGGAGAGAGUGCAGAUCAGUGAGAUCUCCAGAGAGAACAGGAAGAGAGAAGAGAGGACUGAAAGGAAGGAUAUGGGCAGAGAGAGGGGUGUAAACAGCAAGCAGCAGCACAGAGAAAAUCAAUCAGCCAGACCAAUAGCAUCAGCCUGGGCAGCCAUGCUCUGAAAGGCUUGGAGAAGCGGGGCUACGCAGGCAGCACACGGCGCGGCACAGGCCUAGCCAACAGCCCACUGGCCCACAGGCCCACAGGCCCACAGCGGGGGGAAGAGGGAAAGAAGACACCCAGAACCACACUGUCAGCUGCUGUAGCCAUGAGGACAACACGGAAGGGGAGUGUGGAGAUGCCUGCAUUUGUCCGGCAGCUGGUGAAGGAGACAGAGAAGAGGGUCAGCUCCUUCUUCAAGGGAGGGGGCCGUGGAGGGGCAGAGCACAUGCAGGGGGAGGAGGAGGAGGUGAUCCCCAGCCCCUACCUGGACCGUCCCGUCCUGGACAAGCUGACUGAGGAGGGCUGCUCCCGCUGGGGCCUGACCUACGCCCUGGGCAGCAUGCAGGGCUGGAGGGCCAACAUGGAGGACUACCACAACUGUGUGCCUCAGCUGGGCGCAGGGCUGGCAGACUGGAGCUUCUUUGCUGUGUUUGAUGGGCAUGCGGGCAACCAAGUGGCACAGUACGCCUCACAACACCUGCUGGAUCAGGUCCUAGCUACAGGAGGGAUCGGGCCAGAGGACCACCCUGAUCGGGUGAGAGGGAGCUUCACAGAUGGCUUCCUACACACAGACAAACACCUGCUAACUGCAGCCCGCCGUGAGGGCUGGGAGCGGGGUGGCACCACCGUGACCUCCACUCUCAUCUCACCACGAUACUUCUACUUCGCCAACUGUGGAGACUCGCGUGCCAUGCUGUGCCGGGCAGGGCAAGUGUGCUUCUCCACUGAGGACCACAAGCCCUACAGCCCUCUGGAGAGGGAGCGCAUUGAGAGCGCCGGUGGCUCCGUGUCCCUGCAGCGCAUCAACGGCUCCUUGGCCGUGUCCCGAGCCCUGGGGGACUUCAGCUACAAAGGGGCAGAGAACCGGCCGCCCACCCAGCAGAUGGUGUCUCCGGAGCCAGAGGUGUGUGUGGUGGAGCGGUCGCCCGGGGAUGAGUUCCUGGUGCUGGCCUGUGAUGGGGUGUGGGACACGGUCUCCAACGAGGAGCUGUGUGCUUUCAUCCGCAGCCGUCUGCGCGUCUGCACUGACCUCAGGGACGUCUGCUCCCAGGUCAUUGACCUCUGCCUCUAUAAGGGCAGUCUGGACAACAUCAGCAUAAUCUUGGUCUGCUUCCCUGGCUCCCCCCAGCUCUCAGCAGAGGCCCUACACCAGGAGGCAGCACUUGAAGAUCUGCUGGAGUCUAAAGUGGCAGAGAUUUAUGAGGAGCUGAGUUCCCAGGGGGAGGAUCCUGACCUGCUGUCUGUCCUCACUGUUCUGGCAAACACUGAUGUCCCAGGUUUACCACCUGGAGGCGGUCUGCAGAGCAAAAGGAACUGUAUCAUCUCUGCCUAUUACGAAAAGAAAGAGGCACACAAACCUACUACACCUAAUGGGCUUGGUGUUUCUGAAAAGCUCGUCUAGGCUCUGUUGUCUGGGAAACGUCUCAGGAACACAACCAAUGACAAAAUAAAAACUGUUUUCAUUAUGUGGCAAUUCAAUCAAUCACAAAAGGGAACCUGACGAAGGAAUAUUGUCGCAUCCCUCCUGCCAAGCAACAUCCUGAUGUGACAAGUAUAAUGCAAUUUGUGGACUAUAGAUUUUAUAUUUCUACAAUAUAGGGAACAUUUUAUUUUAUAGGACCUGACACUUUUAAACUCAGAGAUUCUGGCUCAGCAAUAUGAUCCAGUAGUUGACAACCCAUCUGACAUAUAUUUAUCCCAUAAUGGAUAAUAAUGUCAAAUUCGAAUUGUUAUAUUCUUUAAAAAUGGAAUUCAAUGAGGUAAAAUUAGCACCAGUAUUCUUUGCACAACUUCUAUAGGUAUGGAUUUCAGGUUGAUGUUUAGUGUUGAGUCAUCAAACCUCUCUCUCUCUCUGUCCUGUGAUUGGUCUGGUUGGCAUGACCUGUACUGUGUUUGGUCUGGUUGGCAUGACCUGUACUGUGUUUGGUCUGGUUGGCAUGACCUGUACUGUGUUUGGUCUGGUUGGCAUGACCUGUACUGUGUUUGGUCUGGUUGGCAUGACCUGUACUGUGUUUGGUCUGGUUGGCAUGACCUGUACUGUGUUUGGUCUGGUUGGCAUGACCUGUACUGUGUUUGGUCUGGUUGGCAUGACCUGUACUGUGCUGCCUUACCGACCUUGCUGACAGUGGAUUUAAUAACCUAUUACAGUGACAUGACCAAGACAAACCCAAGAAAGGUCAGUAGAUUGAUGAACGUGUUAAUGUAUUAUCAUAUGUGAUUUAAAUGAGUAUGUACUUUACCUACAUACUGUGUAGUGUGUGUAUAGACACUACAUGUUAAAAGUUAUGACUGUUUUCAGCCUAAAUAAAGAUGAUUUGACUGAAUAAGAACUUGCAGAGAUUUUACUAGAGAGCACCACAGCAUCCACUUACAUCUCCAUCAAGUAGCUUUCAACUACAUAUUUAUAAUGACAAAUAUUUUGAUAUGCCAGACCAUUAAAGGUUUUACUGUGUUUUAAAUGAUUACUGCCGGAUGGUGAAUCACAGACAACGAAGAGACUUCAUUUCAUGUAUGUCCACCAGGAGGAGUUGUCUCUAAAUAAAA